AUGCUCCAGCUACGAGCACACGCAGCAAUGACCGCUCUCCGCAAUUUCUUCGCCCUCCCAUACCUCCGGCACACCUCAAGAACCACAUCGUCACGGACGUCUCUACCGAUAUGUGCGUCAUGUACCGCUCGUGCAUUCAGCGCUGGUUGUGGAGGGUCGUUAGGACGGAGUACACACACAGGGUUAUUACAGGGAAAAUGGAGAUCGUUGGCUGGACUACUGGGAAAGCUUGAGAAGAGGCCAGGGCUCGAGCUGGUCAUGCAUGAGAAGCCGAGGGUUUCGAGAGGAAUGAAGGUUAGGAGCAGUGUGAAGAAGUUGUGUGAUGGGUGCAAGAGUGUCAGACGGAAAGGAUAUGUCUAUAUCAUAUGCUCGAAGAACCCGAAGCAUAAGCAACGGCAGGGGUAG